AUGACGUCCUACUUCAUUGGUAUUGAUAUUGGCACUGGCUCUGCUCGCGCAUGCCUCGUCGCACAGAACGGCGAGAUCAAAGCCUCCUCCACGAAGGACACCAUCACCUGGCGUGAUCAGCACGAUCAUCGUAUCUUCGAGCAAUCGACGAACAACAUCUGGGAGCAGAUUUGUAUCGCUGUGAAGGAAGUGUUAAAACAGUCUAACGUUCCCGCGACCGCAGUCAAGGGACUUGGUUUCGAUGCCACCUGCUCCCUCGCCGUGUCAGAUUUCGACGGGAAUCCGAUAACGGUGACCAAGGGCACCGACAUUGGCAAGGAUGGUGAUCGGAACAUAAUUCUGUGGGCAGACCAUCGCGCCGAGAAGGAGGCUGAACUUAUCAAUUCCACUGGGUCGAUCGUCUUGGAUUAUGUUGGGGGGACCAUGAGUCUUGAGAUGGAGGUGCCUAAGAUUCUUUGGCUCAAGAAGCACAUGGACCCUGCCCUGUUUGCCCGAUGCCAAUUCUUUGACCUUCCCGAUUUCUUCACGUACAAGUCAACUGGAGAUAACACACGCUCCUUUUGUUCGACCACGUGCAAAUGCUCUUAUGUCCCCGACAAAGGUUGGCAGUCGGACUUCUUCGAGCGUAUUGGUCUCAGUGAACUCGUCGAUGGUGGCAACUGGAAGCAGAUGGGCGCCGCCAGAGGCCAAGUACAGGCUGCCGGAAGCCCAGUUGGUCGAGGCUUGUCCCAGAAGGCAGCUGAAGAACUUGGUCUCAUUGAAGGUACUGCUGUUGGAAGUGGUCUGAUUGAUGGGUAUGCUGGCUGGAUGGGCACGGUUGCCGCUCGAUACAUAGAGAAUGGUCAACUCUCAAACGUACUUCCCUCUCUCGACGAGUCUCGGCACCGUCUGGCCGCUGUCGCCGGAACGAGCACUUGUCAUAUUCUUCAGAGUCGGGAAGGUGUAUUUGUAAAGGGUGUAUGGGGCCCAUAUAGGGACGCAGCUUUCCCUGGCUGGUGGAUGAAUGAAGGGGGGCAGUCGUCCACGGGACAGCUCAUUGACUUUAUCAUCACCACUCAUACCGCCUAUCCUGAACUCCAAGAACGCGCCAAGCAAGAAGGAAAGGCUAUUCAUAUUGUCUUGCUGGACGUCCUCGAAAAGUUGCGCCACGAGAAUCACGUUGAUACCUACACGGAACUUACGAAACAUGUACAUUUCUACCCCGAUUUCCAUGGAAACAGGUCUCCAAUUGCGGACCCUCGAAUGAGAGGUUCCAUUGUCGGUCUUGAGCUGGACUCAUCUAUCGCCGACCUCGCUCGCAAGUACUACCUUACCCUCGAAGCUAUCGCUCUUCAAACACGUCACAUUGUCGACGCUCUCAACACGGCAGGGCAUGACAUCACCUCUCUGUACAUGUCCGGUGGGCAGGCAAAAAAUGCUGUGAUGAUGCAGCUCUUUGCAGACACAUCUGGCAUCCCCAUCAUCCUGCCCAAGUCGCAUUCUGAGGCGGUGGUUCUCGGUGCAGCGAUGUUGGCAAGGAUUGCGGCGGAGGGUGUCAAGGACGGAGAGGACAUGUGGAAGAUCAUGGUCGAAAUGACACCCGCUGGAACCCUCGUGGCCCCUGGCGCCUCAUCGACAGUGAAGAAACUACUAGAUGCCAAAUACAAGAUAUUCCGAGAGACGAUUGAUAUCCAGAAACGUUGGAGACAACAAAUUGAAGAGGCGAGCCAUUGA